AAUCAACCAAUACCGUUAAGACUGUCAAGACGUCUCGCAACGCCCUUUGAUUUAGGAAUAAAUUACUUUGUUAUUGCCAUUGAUAAGAGAGAUAAGGCCUGCAGAGAGUAAAGCUUUGAAAACUAAAAAGCCGGGGAUCGUACACGCUGAGCAAGGGUUGGCCGUCUUCUUUAUUCUUUAUUGCACGGCUUGAGUGUUUACAAAUGGUAGAGCUACCACUGGCUAGCGGCUGUAAGAAGCAAUAUGAAUGAAGAGGACCCGGUGCAGCCAGAGGAUAUUCCAAAUAAUGAGAAGCAAGAGAACAAGCGCUCACAGGGUGCAGUCACCAUCAACGUGGGAUAUCUGAAGUCGUUCCAGGGAGUCCUGAAAUUCGUUGAAAUUGUACUGCUGCUGUUGGCAUUCGCGUGCACGUCAUCUGGAACCCCUUUCAACAAUUUACUCAGGAACUAUGACUUCUUCAUGUUCACCACUGUGUUCCCGUGGAUCCUAUGCAUCAUCAUAAUUAUAUUGUACCUCUUUUGUCUUGUGGACAAAGUGCCGCAAAUCAACUGGAAUCUCACGGUGCUGAUUAACGCAGUCAUUUGGUUCAUUCUCAUCAUCAUCUCCUCUUCACUUCUCGCCCGAGAUAUCGGUAACCUUGAGGACUUAAUCGUGAAAAUAGAAGUCCCUGCGCGGAUCAAAGUGGGCGUGGCGUUUGGAUUUUUUUCCUGCUUCGCUUUUAUUGGGGAUGCCGUCAUACAUUUUCUUGUGAUUAGAGGAUGAGUGCAAAUACGAGCUGCCAAGGCGGAACUUAACCUUUAAAUUUUUUGUAAGAGUCAAAUUAAGUAAUAAUAAAGUCCAGUUAUAUCCAUAAAAAA